CUCAGUGGUGAGUGAGCGAGUGAGGGUAGCAGCAUGGACUCCGACGAGUACUCCGAUGCGUGGAUUUUACCACUCGCCAGGGAUCGAUAUCCUAUAACUGCAGAGCCGUCACAAGAAGAGAAAAACAGAGCAAUUAUAUCGGAUGGGCUCAAUCUGCUCCUCUACAUGGGCAUCCUAGCGGUCUUCAUUGGCAUAGCGAUGUACUUGGACCACAAAAAGAGAACAAGAGUUUACGCCAUCGAUGACCCGCAGGACCCGUCCAACAAAGGCAUCCCGUGGCAUCUGUAUGACCCGAACUUCAGGUUUGAUCCCAACGAGAGGAAUGCCAUACUCCGGUACUCCAUGAGACCCGGACUUGGUACGUCGAGCCGACCACCAACGCUCCCAAGCCUGAAAAAAAAACAACUCACUUUGUCACGAUUCCCGAGGAAGAGGAAAACGGAACAAGAGCCUGUGAAAUGUUAGCCAGAAACGCCCCCAACAAUAUUACACCGAAAAGCCUUCUGUGAUAACCUUUUUUAUGUAUGUUUUGUUUCGUCUCAAAAAGUUUAGUAUGUGUAAUUAAAAAUCAAUAGCACUUCACUGGUUUUUCCCAAGUAAUUAUAAUUUUCCAUCAUACCGUAGAAAAUGCCAGGGCUGGCGUAUAAUGACUCCAUCUUGAUUUGAGCCUCUUAAGAGCAAUGUUAAACUUAAAAACCCUCCCAAGACCUAAUUUUUAGUCCUAGAAUUGUGAGAAAUGUCUCAUUUUAAAAAUGUCACUAAUACACAUCCAAACAUUUUUGUAUUUCAUUAUUUAAAUAUUACAAAAAUAUGUAAACUAUAAAAGGUUUGGAUGCAUAUAAACUAAUCUUUAAAAUGAGACAUAUCCCAUAAUCCUAUAAAAUUGUUUCGGUUUAACAUUGUUUUUAUGAGGUAAAACUUAAGGUAAUUUCAUUACAGCCGGCUCUUCAAGUUUGUUUAGUGUUAUACUAUAGUUAAGUUAUAUAAUAACACACAGUAUUAUAACAAAUCUGUAAUAAUUUGGAACGAAAUUCAGACGUAAGCUGUUUAGUUUUAAUACUAUAUAAACUGAAUAGAAGUUCUAGGGGAAAUUAAUUAAUAAUGUUUGAUAGUAGUAUAAAAUUUUAACUUGUUUAUUGUGGUGUUAGAAAAAUAUAAAUAUUACGUGAAUUCAGAAAAUAAAACCGUACACAUUAUCUUAAUAAAAUGUUUUGUUAACAAAUUUGUUAUUGCUAGAUUAUAAUUAGCUUGUAUACAACAAAUCAGUGAUAAAUUAUUCAACAAAGGCAUGUUUUGAGAAACAAUACUUUUGGUUAAAAUUACAGAUUUUCAGCAAUUACAAGUAUUUAUUGUGUAAAAGUUUUUAU